AUGGAAAGCGGCACUCUGGAACUUCACCGCAAACGCAUUAGCCACAUCCAGCAGAAAAGUGGUCGCCAAGAAGGACCGGAAAGACCCCAGCACCCAGCGCUUGCGCAGCAGCCUGCGCCACACCAGCCGCCGCCGCUGCCCCGCUGGGCCGGCGAGGCCGCGGCGGGGCUCGCGCCGCCGGGCAGCCCGCGCGCCGCCGCCUCGCCCUCCGCGUCCUGCCGGCCCGCGGUGCAGCUGCUGGCGCUGGUGUGGCGCAGGCUGCUGCGCAAGCGCUGGGUGCUGGGGCUCGUCUUCGGGCUGUCGCUCAUUUACUUCCUCAGCAACACCUUCAAGCAGGAAGAGAGAGCACUGCAGGACCGGAAUCUCCCGGCAGGGCAAGAAGAUGACCGCCCAAUUGCAUGGAAAGUGCAAUUCGGCUCGGGAAACGGCAGCCAGUUGAGUAACCAGUGCCGGAACUCUGUCCAGGGGAAGCUCCUGAUCACAGAUGAGCUGGGUUAUAUCUGUGAAAGAAAGGACUUGCUGGUGAACGGCUGUUGCAACGUGGAGGCGCCCAGCACGAAGCUGUACAGUUGUGACAGCUGCCUGAGCAACAGAUGCUGCAGCGUGUACGAGGCCUGCGUUUCCUGCUGCCUGCAGCCCAACAAACAACGCCUCCUGGAGAAUUUUCUGAACCGAGCAGCAGUAGCCUUUCGGAACCUAUUCAUGGCCGUAGAAGAUCAGUUCGAGUUGUGCCUGGCGAAAUGCAGGACCUCAUCUCAGAGUGUACAGCACGAAAACACCUACCGUAACCCCAUUGCAAAAUACUGCUAUGGAGAGUAUCCCCCGGAUCUCCUGUCUGUGUGAAAGUGAUGAGGAAGCCACUGGAGGCAGCCCAAGAAGAGGCAAAGUUGUGAUGAAGGAAAGAGCAAUGCCAUGUUCAUGGAUGCUUUUGCUCUGUACCGCUGUGUGCACCUGACCUUGUGAAAGAACUUUCUCUGAAUUGUUGCCUUGUUGACAUCCCCCUGCAGUCAAAAAGCUGGAGGACUUGCCUGGCUCGAGCUCUACAACAUGUUGGAGGCUCAUGUUCAGACACUGCAUCAAGGGUGCAGUCGGUCAAGACCUAUCUUGAAAUAUGUACUGCGAGUUAAGUGUAAAUAACUAGCCCAUGGCUAUUUUCCCAGGAGAUUGGUAGACUGAACAGCAAUGAAGGAAGAUGGCACUGCCAUUCAGUGGGGGAAAAUGGCGGACUCCUUACUGGGGAGAUGUAUCCUGCGUCCUGGAUGCAGACUGUUUUAUGUAAAUAUAUUUAUUGGGAUCGUAUGGGGAGGGUUGCGCCAGCUCAAAAUGCAUUGAUUCCAUAAGAGUGUCAGGUUGGUCUUAAGACUGAAUAAUUGGAUUAACUUUCUCAAGCUUUACUCAUCCAUCUUGUCCUGCAUGAGCUCUUUCUCUUGAUGUGAUCACUGGCUGUUUGCCAGCAAAGCACCUGCUUCCCACCACACUCCAUCUUCUGAUAUCCUAGAGCUUCCGUGCAAAUAGAUGACUUGAACAAGCAUGAUUAGGGUUGUGUGAGGUGGGGCAGGGCCAGCAGCUCCAAGACUGCCUGCUCAGUAAAUGCACUCAGUUCAGGCAGGGCAUGUGUUUGAGGCACGGAAAUGGCAGUUCGGUGAGGGAGGCAGCGAAUGCCCGAUGAAUGUUGUUGAUCCCUUUAAGACCGGUAGGCAAAUAGAUUCUGUUUUAUUGAGGUUGAGGCUGCUGGGAUACUGAGCUUGCUGAUGAAAUCUCUGACCAAGGAAUGCUUUGAUUCUGGGUUUUGACUAAUUAUGGAAGACUUAAUGUCUCACUCCUGUAAUGAUUCUGUGUACUUGUAAACAAGUUCUGAGCAUCACUGGUGCAAACUCCUGCUA